UGGUUUGGGUUGAUUGGAGCACAGCUUCAAAAUAUACCUGCUCGACUCGGAUAUAACUUGGGAUCUAGGACCAGAGUUUCCAAUUCAGUAGUUUCCAGUCCUGGUCGUCUACGCGCGGUUUUCUAAUUUGCGGAUGGCAUGGGAUCUAAAGAUGACACGGCAGUGGAAAGCUUACUACGAUUGAGCACACCCUCUAGUACUAUGGAUACGACUAUUAGAAGGAGAAGCUUUGAUGAUGCACAGAGCCGUUUUAAGUGCAGAAAAGUGCUGGGAAUUGGUGGGAAAGAGCCAUCCAAGACUUGGCAACUUAUUAUUGCUUCUUGUUUGUUCUUAUUCGCUGUUAUGUGGCUAGUCUUUCCAGGUACUUGGCUAUCCAUCGUUGGGUCUCAUGCAGAUCCUGUUAUUGGCAACAUGUGUUGUCGUAUUAUAGCUGGGGCUUUAUUUGCUAUUAUAUCUACAACGUGGUACACAGAACCUACUUCCAUGCUCGCUCUUAGGAAUACUUUAAUGCUGCAGUAUAUCUACAGUGGAAUCGCUACAUUUUCUCUAACUUGGGCAUUCAUGACAAACAAAUCCAAGUUUCUCCUUGGGCUGGCCAUUAUCCAYGGAUUCCUUACCAUAGGAAGCGUCUUCUACUACUUCGCCUUCAGAGAAAUGAACAAACCAACUCCCGACAAACCUUUUAAUAAGAGUAACGAUGAUAGGAACCACGUCGACUAAAUCAACCAAUCACCAUUCGCUUUGUUUAUAUCUUAAGAGAGUUACACUUCCAAACAUACGUUUUAGAUUGAGAAAAUGAAAAUCAGUGCUAUGGAUGAAGACUCGAGAAAGAAGCGAGAUGAAAUAAGGAAGAAAGAAACAUAAAUAGGGAAAUAUAAAUCGUGUUUGGUCUAUCAAAGUGUCGGAUGAAAUUUGUUUGGUGACAGCCUUGGGGGUCUUGAGACUCUCCCACGAUGUUUUAAUCGUCGCGUCUGUAUUAAAUCCAAUAUCACACCGUCUAUCAAUGAUAAAAAAACGACUGUCAAAAUGAAUUGGAAUUUUUCCGGCUUUUUUCACAUGUCAGGUUAAUAAUCUUAACAAGCUUCCGGGAUUUGAAUCUAAAUCCUUUCCCCCUCYAUUUAGCCGUAUCCUGGACAACCGAUUUGAAUGUUAUAUACAUUACACAUGAUUCUCUUCGGCCGCGCAGUAAAUUUCGCCAAGCGUGAUUGGAUGAUUGACUGAAAUUUUCGAAGUGAUAAAAGAUAGCUUCUGCAUAUUUUAUUCAAGCUUAAUCUAGGUCUAAUAAUAGUUGAAGUUGGGAUACUGUGCUAUUGUUACAUUUGAAAUAUCUAUGAUAUAUGAAUGAAACUUUGUUGAGCCUUAGAAGAGUGCUAUUUUUUGUGGCACAAUGAUAUAUUUAUUAUUUUAGGGCCCUAGUGAUGUCCGAACUAGUUGUAUUGAUCGUUUUUACACACUGAGAUCUAAAGUGAUGUCAGAUUAAAACACUCAGUGUUUCUUAUUGUACGGUUAGUUUCUUGACCGGCUUGUGUCCGAGACGAAAAUAUAUCGAUUUUAUCAUCGAAGGUCAAUACAGUGUCGGUAUUUGAAUUAUGCCGUCCGGAGGACGGACGACGAUAUAUUGAUUUUUAUAUUGUAUCCUAGUGAUACACGAUAAAAUAUUGAUUACUUUUCGUCAAUUUCGAUAUAUUAACAGUAUCAGAUUGUUACUUGUUCCGAGUGACACACGAUGAUAUAUUGAUUGUUUUUUCUUCGACGCUAAUCGAAUAUCAAAUCUACGAUGAUAUAUCGAUUGGCGUCAAUCGGUUUGUACACACUAUUGUAAAGAAUAAUUGAUACUCGAACUGCUUCGAGCAAGCAUAGAUGGAUUGAUGAAAAUUAUAAUUAGUUAACAUUAUAUUAAUCAUAAUAUAGUAUAGAUAUAUAUAAAUAAAAAGUUUAAAGAAAUCGAA